AUGGCGCGGGAGCGAGCGCCGCUGACGCGGCGGGCGGUGGGCGCGAUGGUGCUGGCGACGGUGCUCAUCGGGGCGGCAGUGGCGCUGUGGGGUCGCGACCGGCGCGACGGCGAGGGGCUGCAGCGCCUGCUGGCGGAGCAGCAGCGCUUCCAGCAGACCUUCCUCGCGCAGCUCGACGACCACGUCGCGUCGGUACGCCACGUGGCGCCGGUGCAUCCCGCGGUGGCGGCGCUCUCCAACAGCGUCGCUCCGCGCGCGGCGCACGCGGGCGCAGUAGCAGUGCGCGCGGGGCACCGCGGGGCAGCGCAGCUGUGCGCGUACAGCGAGGAUCAGCUCGCGGAGGCGCUGCAGCGCGCGCACCACUGCGCCAUGGGCGAGGCGCGGUACUAUCUGGGCGGCGUGUGGAUGGACUGGGGGCUGCUGGAGCGCGAGGUGUCGAGGGACAACGACCCCGCGCGCCUCUCCUGCGUGCUCGCCUGCUCCCUGCGCCGCGACCUCGGCUGCCUCCCCCACCUGCCCUGCCUGCACGCCCUCUGGCUCCGCCACCUCAAGGAAGACGUGGCAGCGCUGCACCAGUUCUACGAGAAGGACGCAGCACUGCCAGUGCUGCGCGCCGACCCCGCUCUGCUCGCCAUCCUCGACGCCGGCGCUGGCGUGGGCGUGCUCUCCCUGCUGCUCGCUGCCUUGAAUCCACAAGCCACGGUGGUGGCGGUGGAGGCGGGGGAGAGCAGCUUCAGAGCGCUGCAGCGCAACACAGCAGCGCUGCCCAACGUGGUGGCUGUGCGGGGCGGGCUGUGGCCGUACGAGACCAGCCUGCAUGUGGGGCAGGAUGGCCGCCUCACGCCCGCCCAGUCCAUAAACGCCCAGGGAGCGGAGUCCAGCUGGGCGCAGGCGGACGUGGUGCCGGGGCUGUCAGGCCCCUUCCUGCUGCGCUUCCUCGCCCUGCCGCGCUUUGACCUCGUGCGAAUCAACACGCACGGCAACGAGGAGCCGCUCUUCCACGCCCCCUCCGCCCACCACGACUCAGCCUCACCCCAUCACGACGCGCACUGGCUGCUCACCGGCCCGCGCACGGCCAUCUUUGACUCACACCCGGGGCUCUUCCCUGCCUCCGCCGCCUCCUCGCCCACCCCCUCCACCAACGACCGCGCCAGCAUCCCUGCUACAUUCCUCUCGCAGCACGGGGGCUUCGAGCAGGUGCCUGAGACCAAGGGGUCCGGCUUCAUUGUGCUGCGCCGUGGGGAGGGUCGGGGGAGUUCGGUGGUGGAGGGAGUGGGGUUUCCUAUCUUCUCGAAUGAGACCGCAGCAGGAGAAGGGUUGACGGGCGUGGGAGGUGCAGCAGUAGGAAGGAGUUGA